GAUCCGAUCUCCGGAUAAAAGCAGAAAACGAGCUCCCGAAGCUGACGGUGGCUCAGCCCUAAACGAUAUAGCAAAAGCAGAAUCCUAUGUCUCGUCGGGAGGGACGCGAUUCCGAUUCCAAGAGACGCCAUUCUAGGUUCGAUCGAGAACCCAGCCCAAAGAGAUCCAAAAGGGAUGAAAAACAAGUCAGAGAAAGAGACAGAGUAAUAAGUAGCGCCAAUGUUGAAAAUGGAAUUGGAAACCGCACAGACCGAGAUCAGAAACACCACCACCAGCUGCAAGUUGGCUUACCUCCUGAGGCCCCCUUAGCUCGUGAUCCUAAGCGGGAAGCACGGGCGUUGAACAAAGAUUCUGACAAGAAACCCAAUUAUUGCAAUGAGGCACCUAAACGUUCAUCUAAUCCUACUGAAGUUCCAAGAUCUUCCUCCUAUUUUCAGCAUGAUGAACGCAGCAGUACUGGGCAAGUUAGACGAAGCUCUGGUCGAAUGGCAACUGGUGAACGUGGAUGGUGGAAGGAUUCAAGGGAGAAGCUUAAUGAAAAGGAGACAAGUCACAGGAGAGAGCAAAGAGAUGGUGAGAAAUCACAAGCCAAACCUGAUAAUAAUACUUCCUUGAGAAAAGAUGGUCUUUCUGAAAGGAGAUAUGAUCUACCUCCAACUACAAAGAAGAGGCCUGCAUUUAGGGAGAAGAAGAUUCCGGUUGAUCAGGAGGAUGCAAGACCAGCAGCUACAGAGACGGGAAAGUCAAGCCAAACUGAUCACCCUCUGGAAAGGAAGGAAAGGAGGGAAGAAAGAAGCUACAAUCCUCGCCACUUGGAAAGAGCAGAUAAGCAAUAUGCAGGAGACAAAGCACCCAACAAGAAUGAAUCUAGGAGGGAUGUGUUUUCAUCUAGAGGAAGGUACAAUGGUAAUUACGGAGGAAGAGACAGAUUUCAAGGGAGAGAAGACUUUCGUGUCACAAAAACUGGUAUUGACAAGUGGAAGCAUGAUCUGUAUCAAGAGGUUAACAACGAUCCCAUUCCCAAGAAUGAGGAUGAUCAGAUUGCGAAGCUGGAAGCGCUUUUGGCUUCAUAAAUAUCAAACAACUGUAAGCAUUUGCUACUCUCGUCAGUUGUCACUGCCUGACGCAGAGAUCAUUAAUUAAAUUUUUGGCGCGUUCAGGAUAAUUUCCAGAGAUGAAUUCCUUCACCUUUGUAUUUGCAUACACCGCAUUUGGGGUAAAGAUGUUGGGUCUUCACCAAAAUGAUGUGUUACUUUUGGCGGAAGCUAAUAUUGGAGUUUACGGGUGUGUGAGGUUUCCAAAAGAUUACUACAGAAGUAUUUGUGAUGUUAUGAAAGCAAUUUUCUUUAGUCUGACUUAA